AUGUACAUUCAUCUGUUUCUUCUGUUCUGUGUCCUCUCUCUGUCAGGAGCGACAGAGAGUGGUAUUGUAGGGGGUAAGGCAGCAAAGCCUCAUUCCAGACCAUACAUGGUGUCUGUAUGGUCAGAGAGAGGACACACCUGUGGUGGGAUGCUGAUCAGAGAGGAUUUUGUGAUGACUGCAGCCCAUUGUUUGGACCGUAAAGGCUCUACUGGUUCUGGCCGAAACCAUCUGAAGGUUGUCUUGGGAGCGCACAAUAUUGCCAAAAAGGAGGACAGCCAGCAGGUAAUUGAGGUGAAGAAAUACUACAGACAUCCUAAGUUUGGGAAGAAUGGUCCCAGUGAUAUGAACUAUGACAUCAUGCUCCUUAAGUUGAAGACAAAAGCAAAACUGAAUAAAUAUGUGAAGGUCCUGGCCCUUCCUAAGAAAAAUGGGAAAAUUCCUGCCAAUGUGAAAUGCUCCAUAGCUGGGUGGGGCAUGAAAAGGCCAAACGGAGCUGAAUCAGAUGUACUGUAUGAGGUCACCCUCAAAGUUCAGUCUGAAUCUGUAUGCAAAGAGAAGUGGGGAAAAUGGUUUGACGAUGUUAACAUGAUGUGCAGUGUCUCCGAUGGAAAACAGGCUUUCUGUCAGGGUGACUCGGGAGGUCCUCUGAUCUGUAAUACAAGCCCAGUGGGCAUAGCCAUAUAUACAUCUAAAGAAAAAUGCACUGACACCAACUUCCCAGAGGUCUACACAAAAAUCUCCACUUUUCUGCCCUGGAUUCACAAAAUGAUGCGCAAGAAGAUCUGA